AUGGAUAAAUUUAAUGAAACUGAAGUUAUAGAUGAAAAUAAUGAAAUGAAUGAAAAUAAAGAAAUAAAUAAAAUUGAAGAGAUAAAUAAAGAGGAAGAAGUAAGCAAAAGAGAUGUAAGCACGUACAUUAUGAAGAGUAAGGAAGAAAGCAAAAAUUUGAUUAAACAUAAUAAUAAGAAUCAAAUAAAUAUGUAUGUGGUAAUUUAUAACAUAAGCAAAAAAAAAAAUAUUGGAAGCAUAAUAAGAAGUUGCGUUGCUUUUAAUGUAAAUAAAAUAUUUAUUAUUGGAAAAAAAAAAAAAGAAAUAAGCUUUUUUGGUAAUAUGGGAACAUACCAAUACAUUUGUAUUGAGUAUUUUGAUAAUAUAAUAGAAUUAAAAGAUUAUUUAAAGAAAAAUAAUAUAUUAUUAUAUGGUUGUGAAAUAACAAAUAAUUCUAUUUCAGUUACAGAAAAACCAUUUAUAAAAGAUACAGCUUUUUUAUUUGGAAAUGAAGGUACAGGAAUUGAUGAUAAAAUUUUAAAUUAUUGUGACAAAAUUAUUUAUAUUCCUCAAUAUGGAAAUGGGACAUCUUCUUUAAAUGUUUCAAUUUCAUGCUCUAUAAUUUUACAUAACUUUGCUAUUUGGGCUAAUUAUAAGGAAAUUGAAAUUAAAAAUAAAAAAUUUAUUAUUCAAAAAUGUAAAAGCAAAUUAGAUAAUUAUUUAUAUCCGUCUGAUGAUUUAUUAAAAGAAAUAAACAGUAAACGGCUUAUGAGAUCUGAGAAACAGAAAGAUUAUAAUAUAAUUUCUUUGAGUGAUCUAUUAUGA